AUGCAACGGUGUAAAUGCGGCGUCAGCAGCACAACGUCCGGCGCUGCCACCCACCAUAGUCUGCUGGAGAUGUUUCUGCGAGAGCGGCUCGAGAACUGGGAUAGGGAGGCCGCUGAAGCCAUCGUGGCGUGGGGCCGAGUGGGUGGCAUGUGCUCGUCUGAGUAUCAGUCGCAGCUACGCAAGGCGCAAGCGACGUUGCGUGAGACGCACAAAGAGGAAAAGCGGCGCGAGGCGUCGGUGUUUCAAGCACGUGAUGGUUUUCGGACUGAUAGAUAUCGGCGCCUGCGAGAUCGCCUCGCUACUGAAUUCUGGACUCAUACGCAGGUAAAGCUGGAUGCCACUCCACAGCAGCGUGACCGGCAGCUUCGGACCCAGGCGCAGCCGCAAGCGAACGGGCAGACCCCUGUCAGCCGCUCCCCUACGCCACAACUCACCCCACCGUCGUGCUCUAGGCAACUACGGCGUGCCUUGAAAGACUCAUCGACCUCCGCGUCGUCUCAGCUGACAACUGCACGGGCCUAUCACAUGUCCCCCACACCAGCACUUCGCACCAGUCCGCCCUGCAGUUCCAGAGGCGCCAGCGGAGGCGACGUCGCACAGCGCGGGGCGCCGCGAGCGCACAAGUCAGAGGCGGAGGCAAGUAACGGCGUGGAAAGCGAGAGGCACACAAAGCUCACCGUGCCUCUGAAUGAGCAUGACAACGUUGCACUGCCCGGCGCCGGAAGUGAUGGCAGCAGCAGGCUGAUCCUCUCAGCGGCAGGCGAGCGUGAAGUCAGUGCUGCAGCCUCAACCCCAGCAGAGACCCCGCCGAAGAUCGACAGUUUUCUUUCUGAGACCUUCGUUGUGCGGCGGCUAAGUACGCACGGUCACCUCUCCCCUUCCUUAGUCGAGUUCAAACACACAGUUCAGCGCAGUCAUAUAAUGCUGGACAGCUCGCGGCCAGUUGCGCCACCUCCGCCACAGCCGGCUCACCAAAUUGGUCACCGCUGGCCUGCGGCCGCCUCCGAUGCGGCGCGAGAGGACUCUGCCGGUGACAAGGGAAGUACGCCGCCAUCUGUUUCUCCGGCCGACCCGUCGCUGCCGUAUCCCUCGCGUGCGAAGCCGCCUGAGUCGCACCGACGACGUAGCGCCCGAGAGCGAUGCGUCAACAGCUCUGCGCGCACGGAGCGGUCUCGCGGUGAACCGGAUGCAGACGCACAGGAGGGCACAGCAAGUGCUUUGUCGCAUAUCAUUUCCUUCAAAAGGGGUUCGCACGCAGAUGACCUCUGUUCCGUCUCUUCGGCAGAGUCCUACCUGGAUCACGGCGACCACGACGGCCGGUGA